AGUAUAAGGGACAUAACUCUCGUCAUCGAAUCAUGUUGAAAUCAGAUUUUGCUUCAGAAGAGAUACGUUUAUGUAAAUUACUGUAGAAUAGCAACUCAUUCAUCCAAGAUAGUGCUCGUGCUUUAUGGAAAGGCGUCUUUUUCGAUGGCAUCGACAAGUGACUGAAGAACUGUACACUUUGAUCACUAAGAAGCACCAUGUUUUGCCAGAAGGCACUAGCCAAGAUCUCAAGAACCCUGACAAGAUGCAAGACAAGGCCUGUCUUGGGCUCACUGCAGGGCGUGCUACGGUCACUAUGGCAGGUGACCCGUGCUAGCUCCACACAGGGCACGCUGCAUGAGCUGAAGUCUCGGGGUCUGGUGGAGAUGAGUGGUCGAGACACUGUGGACUUCCUGCAGGGUAUUGUCACCAGUGAUGUUACCUCCUUAGGGGGAGAUGUUGCCGCCCAGUACUCAAUGAUGCUGAAUGUACAGGGUCGAGUGUUGUAUGACCUAAUGCUGUACCUACACCCAGACAGUGCUGUACAUGGUCAGUCUGACCAGACACGCCUCCUGCUGGAGUGUGACAGCUCGGUGCAGGACGAGAUGCUCAAGGUCAUCCGGAGAUACAAAAUCAGAAAGAAGGUCAAUAUACGGCCAGUGGAUGAGGAGUGGAGACUGUUUGCCCUGGUGACUGACAUUGAUGAGAGUGGGGUGACAGUUGGGGUACCUGAUCCCCGGGUGCCCAUAUUUGGGAGGAGGAUCCUACACCCUGCCGACAAGCCAGACCUGGAGGUAGAAGGGAUGGAACUAGAAUCGGAGGAGGAGUACCACCAGCGUCGCUACAUGUGGGGGAUCCCGGAGGGGGUCUUGGACCUGCCCCCUGGGAACUGUUUCCCACUGGAGAGUAACCUGGUGUUCCAUCAAGGAGUGAGUUUUCAGAAAGGUUGCUACAUCGGUCAGGAACUGACUGCACGGACGCACCACACCGGGGUGACCAGGAAGAGGCUUAUGCCACUAGUGUUAGACAGAGAUGGCGCUUCCAUAGAGACUGGGACAAACAUUACAAGAGAUGAUGGAAAAAAUGUUGGAAAAUUCAGGAACUCAGUUGGCAAAUAUGGACUCGGACUGAUUCGUAUGGCUGAUGUCAAAGGUCAAAUCUCAAUAGCCAAUAAGAGUGGAGAGGGUGUUCCAGUGAUAACCAACCCUCCCUUGUGGUGGCCUCAGGAUGUACAAAUACAAUGGAAGACCGACAGAGGGAAAUGAUACCAGGUGUUCAGCAGAUACAAUGGAAAUCUAUGUUUAUUACAAAACCUCUUGAGAUUAUGAUACUGAUGUUUGUUAAAUCCAACCAGAUUUUAGUUGUGUUAUUGAUUAUACAGAUUGUGAAUGGAA